CAAAGAUAAAAGGCAGCCAUCAUAACCUCUAAAAGUCCCUCUCCCAUUUCUCACUUUGAAAAGGAAGCUCAGAGCGCAAGAAGUAGAUACAUUUACGUACCUACAGCUCUCUCUGAGCUCCGUUUCUCGCUUUUCGAUAUCCCUAGCGAUGAGAGUUACCGUCAAUCCUCCACAAACCAGCCAAUCUCCAAACCCUAAACCGGUUCCUUACAACAACACUGUCCGAAAUAUCGGCUUCCACGGCUCUGUCAAUACUCCCAACCAGCUUUCCUACGAACCCACCUCAGUUCUUGACAUACGUCGGAGCCCUAGCCCCGUCAUCGAAAGACCAGCCUCUACUACCGAAAGCUCUGCCCUUACAGACGUGUUGUCACGGCCAGAGGACCCGAUAAUUGAUCAGUGGGAAGAUCAUGUUUUGCAUACUACUCUGGAUUGGGAUUCCAUCAUUAAGGAGUUGGGUUUACACGACGAUCCUGCCCCUGCUUUGAAGAGUACUGUUCUUCAGUUCAACCCAAGUGAGCCUUAUGUUCCUCACCUCCCGGAGCUCCCACAAUCUCACCCGUUUGAUCCCAUUCACUUUGUUCAAUCUGAUUUCAAUCUCUCUGAAGUUUAUUCCACUCACAAUCUGGCCCACAGUCUGAAUUCUGUUGAUUUGGCACAAGAUUUUCAUCAUUUCGGCCUCAACGGGUUUGAGAUUGUAGAAGACCUACUUCGCGCUGCUGAUUGCUUUGACACCAACCAGUUGCAGCUCGCCCAAGCGAUAUUGGAGCGGCUCAAUCCACGACUUCGAUCACCAGUCGGAAAACCGCUCCAAAGAGCCGCGUUUUACUUCAAAGAAGCUUUCCAGACUCUCCUAACCACUGCAGGUUCGAACCGGACGCCUCGCCUCUCGUCUUGGUCCGAAAUCGUCCAGACCAUCAGGACGUACAAGGCCUUCUCUAGUAUCUCCCCCAUCCCCCUGUUCUCUCACUUCACCACCAACCAAGCUCUCCUCGAAGCUCUUCAUGGCUCAAACUUCAUCCAUGUCGUUGACUUCGACAUUGGUUUUGGAGGUCAAUACGCUUCCUUCAUGAAGGAAAUAUCCGAGAGAUCAGCCGAGCCUUGCAAAGCCAAUAACUCGCCGGUUCUUCGAAUCACCGCUGUCGUGCCUGAAGAAUAUGCUGUCGAAAGUAGACUGAUCAAAGAAAACCUCACCCAAUUCGCUCAUGAACUCAAAAUCAGACUCCAGGUCGAAUUCGUGCUCCUUCGCACCUUUGAAAUGCUAUCUUUCAAAGCCAUCAAAUUCAUGGAAGGCGAAAAAACCGCUCUUCUGUUAUCUCCAACCAUCUUUCGCCGUCUCGGGUCGACCAACAGCAUCGCCGCUUUUCUCAGUGACCUACGCCGAGUCUCGCCGAGCGUCGUCAUAUUUUCAGACAACGAGGGGUGGAUGGAAGGCCCUGGAGUGGCGUCAUUCCGACGGAACUUUGUGAACAGCCUAGAGUUCUACUCCUUGAUGUUUGAGUCUCUGGAUGCAGCCGUCGGCAGCGGAGGCUGUGGCGGUGAUUGGGUCAAGAAAGUCGAGACGGUGUUGUUGCGACCAAGAAUCGUUGCGGCUGUAGAGGCAGUCGGUAGGCGGGUGCCGCCAUGGAGGGAGGUCUUCUGUGGGGCGGGAAUGAGGGCAGUGCAACUAAGCCAGUUUGCUGACUUUCAAGCCGAGUGUCUGUUGGGAAAGGUACAGGUCAGAGGCUUCCACGUGGCUAAACGACAGGCCGAGUUGGUGCUUUGCUGGCACGACAGGCCCAUGGUUGCCACUUCAGCCUGGAGGUGUUAGGCAGCAAAGCUAGGUUUAGGGAGGGGGGGGGGGUAAUUAGUAGAGGAAUAUGGAUUAAACCGUAAUUAGCCCCGACCAUUAUAGUGCAUAUGUUUGUAUUGUUGUUUGUGUUAGUGUCCUGUUGGAGAGCAGCAGGCUGCUUAUAUAAGCAAAAGUGUCUGGCUCUCUGUCUUUGUAUUUCCUUAAGAAUAGAAGCCCAACCAAAGAAAUGGGUAUCCGUUCAGGAAAUCAUGGAGGUAUCAUAUAUUAGGCAACCUAUAUUUGGAAUUAUGUUA